CGCGGGAACAAUCGGCCAUUGCUGGGCAACAGUCAAGAUGCAGAAGGUCAUUCGAAGGACCGCCCUGGCGCGGAACCAGGCCACACGGAAAGCAGUUCGAGCCACCAAAUCAGCCGAACGCGAGGAAUUGAAGGACAGUCUAAGGCAGCGCUUUGCCUACAACCGCAUCGAGCUCGACAACCUCCGCGCGGAAAGACAACGACGCCGUGAAGACUGGCUCCGUGGACCCCUGGCUCCCCAGCGCGAUGCCGGUCUUGAAGGGAGGCUUUUUGGUGCGUUAAGCCCUCAGGCAAUGAACCCUCCGCCUAUUCCGGAGCACUUGCGGAGACAGUACAUCAACAUCGCUCCCGGCGACCGAGUAUGCAUCAUGAAGGGCAAAGACAAGGGCAAGAUCAACGAGGUUACUAGGGUGGAUGCUACGACCGAGACUGUUGUGGUCAAGGAUCUCAACAUGGCCGAUGUCCACUUCCCCGACUGGCUGAAUGAGCAGUAUGGCAACUCGAGCCCCUUCCAGUCCGUGAGCCUGCCUCUUUCCAUUGACGAUGUUCGCCUUGUCGUCGCUCUCGAUGAUCCUGUCACCGGCGCCACACGAGAUGUAUUGGUUGAACAUGUCCGCGGUGGAGAGCCUUUCCUCGAACGCGAGUACGGUACCGAAACGCCCCGACACACGAGAUACAUUGCCGGUGAAGACAUUGAGAUUCCCUGGCCCCGAAGUGACCCUGCAGAAAUGAAGGAUGAGACCUGGGACACGCUCCGUAUGGAAGUCGAAACGCCCACUUGGAUGCCGUCGUUGCACUAUGCCCCAUUCCCUCCCAGCGUCCUGGACGAGCUCCGCAACAAGUUUUCGAAGUACAGAACCAGACACGAUGAGGAGUGGGUGGAAGCCAGGAAGUUGGAAGACUACAGAAGGGAAUAUCUGCAAAGCCGGUCUUUGUUGACACCCAGAGGUGAAUUCUUGGCCAUGCUUCAAGCCAAGAGGCAGGAGCGCCAGAACGCGAGGAAGGAUGCCAAUGGAAAUUACAUCCUGGAUGAUAAGACGGUCGGAUUCAUUGAGAACUUCAUGAAGGAGAAAGCGACCAAGAAAGCCUAAUUGCUUGCUGGGAUUUCGUUUGGUGUUCCGACUUGUGGGAGAGUGCGCCUGGGUCUUUUCUGUUUCAUUUCCCUUUUCCUUUUUUCCAAUGGGUGUACACAAUUAUACUACUGUAGCAUAGAAUCUGAAUGUAUAAGAUGAAUAGUAUGGAUAGGCUGC